GCGCCUGGAUCAACGCCUUCGCAUUCAAUCUACACCAGCUACUCUUAUUCUCUCACAAGCUUGCGUCAUACUUCACCCUUCUACCCUCUCCUUACAUCUGAAAAUAUAUAACUCUUCACAUACACCCGAGAAGAGCACUCUAUCCAAAAGCCCAACAACAAAAGCCCACCCCCAAGAACAAGAAUGUCCUCCUCACAGGAAGACUCCCUGCUAACAGACCUCUGCACAAUCUGUCACCUCCAACCCCCCAAAUACCGCUGCCCCCGCUGCAACACGCGCACCUGCUCGCUGCCGUGCACGCGGCGCCACAAGCUCUGGUCGCAGUGCAGCGGGGUGCGCGACCCCGCGGCCUACCUGCGGCGCAGCGAGCUGGCCACGGCGACGGCCUUCGACCGCGACUUCAACUUCAUCACGGGGAUCGAGCGGUCGAUCGAGCGCGCCGGGCGCGACGCCGAGAACCGCGGGAUCCGGGGAGGGGAGGUUGGUGGUGGUGGUGGUGGUGGGGGCGCUGGGGGGAAGAGGAAGAGGGGUGCUGCUGUUGCUUUUGCUGGUGCUGCUGGCCCUGCGAAGAGGGAAUCGGGGUUCUUGCGGGAAGUACGAAAUGCAGGUGUGAAGGUGAUUCGGGCGCCGAGGGGGAUGAGUCGGAAUAAGGAGAAUGGGUCGAGGUGGUUUGCUAAGUACCAAUGCUUGGUGUGGACGGUGGAGUGGAUAGGGGAGACCGGGGAGAAGCGCACGAGGAACUGCAGGGAUUCGGUUCCGAUUGCCAUCUCCUACGAUCGAGCGUUUCCUCUCAGUAGGGAAGAACGCGAGAAGGAAAAGGAGCAGGAGCAGACACAGACACAGACACAGACACAGAACCAAGAGCAGGGAGAAGAUCAGGGCCAAGCGCAACAACAGGAACUGCCUUCUUCAACAACGGAGAACGUCACUCAGCAACCUGAAGAUAUUCCCUCUGUUAUCACUGCAACCACCGAAUCCAGCACUACUGUUGAAUCAACAGCACCACUAACCAGAACCGACAAACCACACCCACCCACUACCACGUCCUCCGAAGAAGAAGAAACGCACGCGAUCCUCCCCCAUCGGAACGUCUACUUCUACCUCCACCGGCCGCGAACAGCGACCAAACAGCCCGUCCUGAUCCCGCUCGCCCCCAGCAUGACGCUCACCGCCGCCCUGCGCGGCCACACGGUCCUCGAAUUCCCUACCAUCUAUGUACUACCAGACUCGCCCGAUGCGUUACGCGCGCAGGGGGCCGACGCCCGGUAUCUACUGGAAGACGAGUAUAUUCGCACCCACGCGCCAGUGGACGAGGACAGCGCGAGUCCGACGGAGUCGGAGGUCGAUCAACCGGCCCCUGCCGGUAUCGACUUGGGGAAUGUCGACGAGAAAAAGGUCUUGGAAGUGCUCAAGAAAGAUCUAUUCGAGCCGACGGCGCUUAUGUGA